GAAUAUAAUGAUUUGAUCCAAAACUAGAAGCAAACAUUAAUGGGGUUGAUUCAUGAUUGACAUUUUUUUUCAAAAAAGAAGAAAAAAAGAGAGGUUAGAUUGCUUUUUGAACAAAGCAAAAUAAAUAAUUAUAUUCCGUUUGGGAUUCAAUCCACCAUUGAUUAAAAUUUAAAAGAAGAUCCCUUGACCUCUUGAGAAGAAGAAGAAGAACAACCACUGAUCUCCAGGAGUCCUUGUCGUUACAAAAUAUAAAAGGUACUGAUCUUGAGCUUCAAGUUUGGAAUCUGAAUAAAGUUUUGAUGGGAGGAGGGAACUCUAAAGAAGACUGGAGGCAAGAGCCGCCAUCAUCAUCAUCAUCAUCAUCAUCAUCAUCAUGGGCUUCUCAUCAAAGUUAUCCUCAGUCUGGACCAGGCAGCUACAACUAUCCUCCUCCACCCUCUUAUUCUCCAGCUCCCAGCUUUGGUGGUCAGCCGCCUUCUUAUAGUCAAGAAGAGCAGGGCUAUGCUUAUCCUUAUCCUCCCCCACAGCCACAACCACAGCCUUCACAGACUCAUGCUGCUCCUCCUGAUAGAAAAAAGUUUGAUCGGAGGUAUUCCAAAAUAUCUGAUAAUUACGCUUCUUUAGAUCAGGUGUCAGAGGCUCUAGGGCGUGCAGGUCUUGAAUCUUCUAAUCUAAUCCUUGGUAUUGAUUUCACCAAAAGCAAUGAGUGGACAGGAGCCAAGUCCUUCAGUAAGAAAAGCUUGCAUCAUAUCAGCAAUACUCUCAAUCCUUACGAGCAAGCUAUCACUAUCAUUGGAAGGACCUUAGCCGCCUUUGACGAGGACAACUUGAUUCCUUGUUUUGGUUUUGGUGACGCAUCAACUCAUGAUCAAGACGUGUUUAAUUUCUAUCCAGAGGGUAGAUCCUGUAAUGGAUUUGAACAAGUUUUGGCUCGCUACAGAGAUAUUGUACCUCACCUUAAGCUCGCAGGACCGACAUCUUUUGCACCCAUCAUUGAAAUGGCGAUGACAGUGGUUGAGCAGAGUAGUGGCCAAUAUCAUGUGUUAGUGAUCAUAGCCGAUGGACAGGUAACAAGAAGUGUGGAUACGGAACAUGGACAGUUAAGUCCCCAAGAACAGAAGACUGUCGAAUCAAUUGUGAAAGCAAGUGCACUUCCUUUGUCAAUAGUGUUAGUUGGGGUGGGGGAUGGACCAUGGGACAUGAUGCAGGAAUUUGAUGAUAACAUACCUUCCCGAGCUUUUGAUAACUUCCAAUUUGUGAACUUCACGGAGAUCAUGUCGAAGAACAAAGAGCAGUCUCGGAAGGAGACAGAAUUCGCACUCUCUGCUCUCAUGGAGAUUCCUCCCCAGUACAAAGCCACCAUAGAGCUUGGCCUUUUAGGGCGAAGAAAUGGGAAUAUCCCAGAGAGAAUCCCACUUCCACCUCCGGUGCAGGGCGGAUCAACAUUCUUCAACCCAUCAAAAGCUUCCCCAGCACCUAGUUUUGAACCGAGUGUACCUACUUAUCCGAUGGAAAGCAAGGAUGUGGACGAUAAUCAGCUAUGCCCGAUAUGUCUGAGCAAUCCCAAAAACAUGGCGUUUGGUUGCGGCCAUCAGACAUGUUGUGAGUGCGGACCAGGCCUUAAGGUGUGUCCUAUUUGUCGUGCACCCAUCCAGACAAGAAUUAAGCUCUACUAACAACGACCAUUUCUCUCUGUAAAAUAUAUAAUAAUAAGAAAACAAAUGUGUGUGUUCUUUUGUUCUUUGACUGGGUUCCGAAACCAUUGGCUUGUUGGCAUUAAAGCAAUAUUGUUAUAUUUUUUGAAUUUUUUUCGAUAUCUAUGUGUUAACACCUACAAAACCUUCUAUAUACUGGCUACUUUUUA